AUGGCGCUCCGCUUGGGCGCGCGGCGCCUCCUGGUAUUGUUUCUUCCGAUCUUGCUUGUCCUGAUUUUUCUCAUUUCCGCAUUGCAAACUGGCUCCCCCGCCGCGCCCUUCCUGGCCCUCAAAGAUGGCGCGUCUUCGAUCUAUCACAAAACACCGCGACCGCCACUGGAACACGGCUUUAGCAACGUCAUAUCCGUUCUAUACGAACCCAUCAAGCUCCCUGUGACAGCCGAGAGCUACACCGACCAGCGCGGCCACAAAUGGGACAAUGGCGGCCGGCAUUACUGGAAAGAGCGCCUGGGAAACGACGUUCUAAUUGUGGACAUGGACACGAGAAUUCCGAACGAGAAAAAUGACAUAUUCAACGACCAUAAGAUGGACUGGGAGGCGGUGCGAGCGGUGGAUUCAGGCCUGUUGACCGUGGGUCACAUCAACCACUUCGUUUACGCGCAAAUCCACGGCUACGAUUACAAGUACAUCCAUGCCAAAAAGAUGAAAGGAUACCAUGAUGCAUGGAUCAAGCCGCACCUUCUCAAGGGGUUGCUGCCCUCCUACAAGUUUAUUAUUUACCUGGACGCCGAUGCCAUCAUUCAGCACCUUGAGGUGCCCAUGGAGUUCCUGUUCAACAGAUGGGACAUCUCCCCAAAUACGUCGAUCGCGAUGCCCAUCGACACCCGAGAGCUCCCCAAUGACGACGAGCACCACAGCACCGACAGCAAAGGCAAAAUGGUGCUCAACGCCGGCAUCAUCUUCCUGCAAAACCUCCCAUAUUCCCACGACAUGUUGCAGGCGUGGAUCGAUUGCCCAGACGAGAAGAGGUAUCCAGGGUGCGCAAGGUGGAAGAACCGCUGGAGCAACGAGCAGCGCGCGUUUUCCGAAUACAUCCGUUAUGAUUUCAACCCGUCGGGCAACAACAUUGUUGAAAUACCCUGUAACGAAGCACAUGGUUACCCAGGCCUUUUCGGCAAGGGAGACGUCGUCGACGAUUGCCACGGCGAAUUCAUAAGUCACCACACACUGGACAAGGACAAGGGCAAGACGAGCGUGAGUGACGCCAUUAUGCAGAACCUGGGCGAGCUGCUGCAGAAAAAUUUUGCGGAAAACCGCAAAGACAUCCUCAUUGAGGAACAAUGA